AUGACCAGGCUUGAUGCAACACAAGUACACGAUGGUGUUGCAUCAUCGAGGCCAUCUGCUGUCGCAUCAGCAAGGGUCGAUGAGGCCUCCAGAGACCUUGCAUAUCAAUUCCUCCACAUGAAUCGCUCAUCCCGCCGCGCAUCCAUCGUCAACCACAACACCGAAGUUUCCGAGAUGCCUUCACCUUGUGCAGUCUCCUUUGAGCGUCCGCUUUCUUGGACCUUCGAUACUCCGCUGCAAUCUGGAGACCGGCGUCACUCGUCCUUUGAAUCGGAAAACAUGCCUAGCCUGGCAUAUCGUGUCAAACCACAACAACCACAGCCACAUAACCCGAGGAAACACCAGAGGGGAAGCCCGUCAGUUGACAGCUUGGAAGAGCGGCCGGGUUCGACAGAGGAGAGACACUGCAAGAGGAUCUCGGGUGAUUCCGGCUAUGGGUCGGAUACGCGGCGACGAAGUCGUGACGGGAGCGGAGACUCUUCUGAGUAUCAGGACCCCACGACCCCCAACAUCGAGAUCAGGGUCAUGAGAGCGCCUAGGGCCAUCAGGGCACCCAGCAUCACUUCAACGGACAUUCCGCCUGUUCCCGAGGAUAAUGCUCCACAACAACAGCCUUCGCUCAUCGGAUCACCAUCCAUCCGGAGAAGUUCUACGUUUGGAGAUGACCUCACUCGGAGGGCUAUGAAUCGCUUAUCCCUUUUCGAGGACGCAGAUGGCCACCCCGUCUCCUUUGCAGGCUCACGCGCCGCUAGGCCGAGCCUACAUCUCGAUACUUCAAUCGAGCCUCGCGCACAGCUUGAACGGCCCCUUCAGCCCACCUCACUUAAAUUGUCGCGACCUGUCUCCGGACCGCCCAACCUCCCUCUCAACUGGCACGCAAACCUGACACCUCGGCCAUCCUUCCUUGCCGUCGAGGAGCAGUCCGACUCUGCCAACGACAGUGGAGAUGAAUCAUCCAUCGAGUCGAGCGUCUUCUCAGUCCCGGACUCCCCCGUGGAGCCGUGUCAACUGAAUCGGGAUGAUCCAUUAGCAUCGCACAUGGACGUCAUUGUCGGCAACAUCUUCCAACGCUACCAAGAAUGGAACGUCCGCGAAAGGGGUGGACAAGGCCGACGAGCCUCGGGCCAACGCGUCAACACCAACACGCCCGACUCCGGUCGUUCGUCGAGGAAACGCUCGCACUCCGACGACCUACCCGACCAGGACGCCUCAGAUGGCGGGGACUCGAACGUGAUACUGGGAUUCAAGAAGCCAAAAGUCCCAGCGAACCCAUCGAAGUUGAUGUUUGCGUGCCCCUUUUGGAAGAAUGACCCCGAUAACCACCGCCAAUGCUAUAAGAAAGUUCUCAGCCAGAUAAAGUAUGUCAAAAGCCACCUCUACCGGUUCCACGCCGCACCCAUCACUUGCCCCUGCUGCGGCGCCGCCUUCCAGGACGAGGAGACGCGGGACCAGCACGCGCGUGCACGGCGCUGUGAGGUAGUUAGCGAGGGGUACAUUCCCAGCCACGAGGGCCUCUCCCAGGGUCGAAUGCGACAGGUCUCGAAGCGCGCGAACCCUAGCCACAGCCCGGAGGAGCAAUGGUUCACUAUCUGGGAUAUUGUAUUCCCUUCAAAGCCGCGGCCGUCGUCGCCGUAUAUCGAUGGAGUGCUGUCGGAGGACCUCUGCAGCUUACGAGAGUUCCAGACCAGUAUUGGGACGGAUAUGAUGCUGGAUUACCUAGCCUCGCGAGAUCCUGACUUCGCAAACGAUGAAAGGAGGGCCGCCAUGUACGAUCGCGUUGCAUUCAACCAGCUCCAGGAAAGGAUUUACGAGGCAUGGAUGGCGCGUCGCGGUCUCCGACAGAUCCACGAUGCCAACAUCUCCACGACGCCGCCGCGCACAGAGUCCGAUGAAGCAAGUCGUGCCUCCCCAGCCAACGGGGUUUCCUCUUCCAGGCGCGAAGACGAUCCGGCACAACAGCAGCGGAUGCAGACACAGACGCCGCCGCCGCAGCUGCUGCAGCAGCAUCAAAGUUCACGGGAGGAGACGACGGCGAUGAUCCAGCCUACGCCCGUGCCGCCGGAUGUGGCUGUGCAGUUCACGGGCCAGGAUUUUGGGGAGGCUGAUUUCAGUCGCGAUGAUAUGUAUUAUGACACGCAUACGCAGGCGUUGUUUGCUGAUUUGAAUGGCUUGUUGCCUGGUGCUGGCCGGUCGGAAUUUGACCAGGGUGGGUUUGGACCGCCAUAUGUAAGGUAA